UUCUAACUACUUGCAGACUAUCCUCACAACUCAACAUCCCUGAGUUCAAGAUAAUACACAAAAAAAGAUAAAGAGCUUUCCUUAAAAAAAAAAAUGGCUUCAUCAUCUGCUUAUCACUUUGUAAUCUCACAAAACAGGAAAAAUCUGACAUCCUUUUGUAAUUCAUCAUUAAUCAAGAAUUACCCUCUUUUACCUUUCACCUCUAAAUUACCCCUGCAUCCUACCAAUAAACUCACUGUUUGUUCAGUUGCUAAAAUCAUCCCGCCGCAGGUUGAGCUUGAUCAACAACAAAGCAGCAGUUUCACUCUAUCUUCUCCCAACUCCAGUUGGACAGAAUUCGCUGACAGAGUUUCGGGGGAGUGGGAUGGGUUUGGAGCAGAUUUCACAACUGAAGGAAAACCAAUUGAACUUCCUGAAUCAGUAGUUCCAGAAGCAUAUAGAGAAUGGGAAGUUGAGGUCUUUGAUUGGCAAACUCAAUGUCCUACAUUAGCCGACCCAAAAAGCUUACGACUUUCCUACAGGUCUGUAAAACUACUUCCUACAGUAGGCUGUGAGGCCGAUGCAGCAACAGUACAUAGCAGUGAUGAGAGAAUCAUAGAAAACAGCAAUAAUACUAGUAUCUUAGCCUUUGCGUUUCAGAACACUGGUUGUUAUGUAGCACUUUGGUCAGUUUUUGAGAAUGAAGUUUACAAAGUGUUGGAGUUGGAGCAUUGUUUGAUUGACCCUCGCGAUAAGGAGUCAAGAGUUAGGGUGAUUCAGACACUCCGUAUUGAAGGUUCAAUGGUGAAACUGCAGAAAGUGAAAGUGUUCUGUGAGCUAUGGUAUGGACCAUUCAGAAAUGGAGAUCAGUUGGGUGGUUGUGCUAUACGCGAUUCUGGAUUCGCGACUACACCUGUUUUGAAUGCUUCUGAUGUUACAGGUGUAUGGCAGAGUCAAGAUGCUGUUGUUAGCUACCAGAGUUCUCAAAAUAAACCUUUGCAAGAACUUACAGGAAGAGGUACACAGAAAGUUGUCAGAAACGAGCAUGAUCUAAUACUGUUGCCGCGAAAACUAUGGUGCUCGGUUAAGGAAAGUGGGAAAGAUGAAACUUGUGGUGAGGUAGGAUGGUUACUAGAUCCUGGAUUUGCUAUUUCAUCAAGAUGCAUUUUCUCAAGUGAUGGCAAGUUGAAGGAAAUAACAGUAGGGCAUCAGACUACAGCUAUGAAUUGAAUUCGGCAUACCGCACAUGAAUCGUCGAAUAUAUGCUUCUGUUCUUUCAAGCAUGCCAAAAGAGCGUUCAGUUUUGUUAAUAUACUACCAACUACCAAGUAUAUAUUUUAGCUGCAAAAUCCUCAAUUUUAUAACCCCUUUGAGGAACAAAUAGCCACAUUCCAAGGCCUGCACUUAGCUUUUUAUUGUUUUAAACUAUACAAUACAUACUUGCAUUAUUAAAUACUUUUAAGAAUAUCAA